UUGCGCAUUUUCCUCUUCCGUCAAAUCCAGCGCAAGCACGCCGAAAACCCCACUCAAGAAGCACACACGCCCAUCCGAGGAACAAUCCAGAGUCCAGUCCUGUACUCGAGUCCAUGGGUGCCGGCAACGGAGGAGAUGGCGGCGCCGAGGAGGCGGCGGCGGAGCCCGUCGUGCUGAAGAUGGAGCUGCAUUGCGCCGGCUGCGCGCAGAAGGUCAAGAAGGCCAUCAAGCGCGUGCCUGGUGUGGAGUCGAUCGUGGCGGACGCGGCGGCGAACAGGGUCGUCGUGGCGGGGACGGCCGACGCGGCGGCGCUCAAGGCGCGGCUCGAGGCCAAGACCAAGAAGGCCGUGGAGAUCAUCUCCGCCGGCAGCGGCCCCAAGAGGCCCGCCCCCGCCGCGGAGCCCAAGGACGCCGGCGCCGGGGAGAAGAAGGCGGACAAGGACGCGAGCCCCAAGGAGGAGAAGGAGAAGAAGCAACCGCCGGAGGAGAAGAAACCCAAAGAGGAGACGGUGCUGCUCAAGAUCCGCCUCCACUGCGACGGCUGCGCCGACCGCAUCAGGCGACGAAUCUACAAGAUCAAAGGGGUGAAGGAUGUGGUGAUCGACAGCAAUGCCAAGGACGAGGUGAAGGUCAGGGGCACGAUGGACAUCCCCGCCAUGCUCUCCUACCUCAAGGAGAAGCUCAACCGCGACGUGGAGGCCGUGGCGCCCGCCAAGAAGGACGGCGGCGAGGGCAAGGACGACAAGAAGGACAAGGGCGGCGACGGCGACAAGAACAAGGGCGCGGCCCCGGGCGGCGACGACAAGAAGGACAAGGGCAAGGGCAUCGAGGUGGCGGCGGCGGGUCCGUCAACGGCGGCCGCCGCGGCGUUCAUGGCGGCGCCGGCGGGGCCGAGCACGUACCACGUGGCGCCGCCGCAGGGCUACGUGGCGUACCAGCAGGGCCCGCCGCCACACGCCGGCUACGGCUACUACCCGCCGUACCCCUACUACGGCAAUGCCGAUGGCAUGGGUCACGCUCACGCCAACCCCAGCGGCGCCGCCACCUACUACCACCAGCCCGAGGCCAGCCAGCAGCAGGCGUACCCGCCGUACCCCUACCGCUUCGACAUGGCACCGGCGCCGCAGCUCUUCAGCGACGAGAACCCCAACGCCUGCUCCGUCAUGUGAGCAGAGCUCACUGAUCCGUCGUCAGCGUUAGUAGCUUUUAGCCGGGAAAAAUCUCGACAUGUGCAUAUUGCCAAUGAGGAUUUAGCUAGCAUUUAGUCUAGAGCUCUAGAGAAGCAUUUCUAAUCGAAUUUUGCUUCAUUUGUUUAAUUAAUUAAUCCUUCCCGUUCUCAUCUCCUGAUGUACAAGUACAACAAUGCUCGUUCUACUCUGCUGGUUAAUUGGUGGCAGUAACAUUUUUUUAACUGA